CCGGACUGAUGAGUGAUGGCAGGCUGUGUCACUGUGGUGUUUAUAGUGGGUUUCUCAUGGCUUCAGCACACAGCGGGACACCCGGACCCCCAGGGCCAGUCUAAGUCCAGCAGCAGGUCCAGCAUGCCGCGAUGUCGGAACUCCAUUGCCACUACCGCCGAGGACACUCCUCACAUCGGCAACUACCGGCUCCUCAAAACUAUCGGCAAAGGCAACUUUGCCAAGGUCAAGCUGGCACGGCACGUUCUGACAGGGAAGGAGGUUGCUGUUAAAAUAAUUGACAAGACGCAGCUGAACUCCUCUAGCCUGCAAAAGUUGUUCCGUGAAGUACGAAUAAUGAAGAUUCUGAAUCAUCCUAAUAUAGUUAAAUUAUUUGAAGUUAUAGAAACGGAAAAAACACUGUAUUUAGUAAUGGAGUAUGCCAGUGGGGGGGAAGUCUUCGAUUAUUUAGUUGCACAUGGAAGAAUGAAAGAAAAAGAAGCAAGAGCAAAAUUUCGACAGAUAGUAUCUGCUGUGCAGUACUGUCACCAAAAGUGCAUUGUUCAUAGGGAUCUGAAGGCUGAAAACCUGCUGUUAGACGGAGAUAUGCACAUAAAAAUAGCGGACUUUGGCUUCAGUAACGAGUUCACACUGGGUAAUAAAUUAGAUACGUUCUGUGGGAGUCCCCCUUACGCUGCUCCAGAGCUCUUUCAGGGGAAGAAAUACGAUGGACCAGAGGUGGACGUUUGGAGUCUUGGUGUGAUCCUCUACACACUCGUAAGCGGCUCACUGCCCUUUGACGGACAGAACUUAAAGGAACUCCGAGAGAGAGUGCUGCGAGGCAAGUACCGAAUCCCCUUUUACAUGUCCACAGACUGUGAAAACUUAUUGAAGAAAUUCCUGGUACUAAAUCCUGCCAAGCGAGGGAGCUUAGAGCAAAUAAUGAAAGAUCGCUGGAUGAAUGUUGGUUAUGAGGACGAUGAGCUGAAGCCCUACACAGACCCGGAGCCAGACUACAAGGAUCCCCGGAGAACAGAGCUCAUGGUUAAUAUGGGAUACUCCCGGGAGGAGAUCACUGACUCUUUGGUGAACCAGAAGUACAAUGAAGUCAUGGCAACGUAUCUACUACUGGGCUGGAAGACUUCUGAGUUGGAUGCAGAUUCUCUGUCCAGCAGCAACUUGUGCCUGAAGCCCCGCUCUGACCACACGAACAGUAACGCACAGUCACCCUCCAACAAGGUACAGCGGAGUGUCUCAGCCAGUCAGAGACCACGCCGGCUCAGUGACCAAGCUGGUCCCACCAACCCCAGCACCAACUCCUACUCCAAGAGGAACCAGGCAAACAGUACUGACUCCAAACACCAGGAGGACGAGAAGGAUAGCUCUCGACGGUCGAGCAGCAAUGUGAAAGUGCCGGCAAGUCCACACACCGGCUCGGACAGGAAGAAAACCAGCACACCAUCCACUUUGAACAGCGCACUGCCUGGCGGUGUGAGCCGGGGCAGGAAUUCCCCAAUGGUGGAUCGAGCUGUCACAGGUCAACAGGGUAGUAACGUUCAGAACGGAAAAGAGAGUUCAUCAGCACCAAGCUCCAGAAUAACCUCCAUGUCUGUGACCUCAGCAAGGACACGGCACUCAAAAUCCAUGUCCACCUCUGUCCACCCGUCCAAAUCCACAGGGACUAACAACGACACUCAGCGCCCAAGCACUGCACCCCAGCGGAUUCCUGUCACUUCACCCUCCGCACACAACAUCAGCAGCGCAGCCACUGAGCACAGCAACUUCCCGAGGGGUGUGGCUAGCCGGCGCACCAUCGAUGGGGGACAACUCCGCCAAUUCCGUGAUCAACAGAACACCGCUUUCAACGGUCCCCCUGCCUCACCCACGCUGUCCCACGGCAACAGCCAGUCACGGAGAGGAGCUUCAGGCAGCAUUUUCAGCAAAUUCACCUCCAAAUUUGUCCGCAGAAAUCUGUCUUUCAGAUUUGCGAGAAGGAUGCCCUAUGAGGGAGACAGCAGAGAGCGAGCUGAGGGCUCAAGAUCCAAUCUCAGUGGGGAGAAGGAUGAGAAUAAAGAUGCCAAACCUCGGUCGCUACGUUUCACGUGGAGCAUGAAGACAACGAGCUCCAUGGAGCCGAACGAGAUGAUGAAAGAGAUUGGCAAGGUCAAGUCAAGCACCAUCCAGUACAUGAACGGACACUGCCCAGCUGAGGAGACUCCCUACAGCCUCUGACUGAAUGAGAUCCCUCACUCCUGACAGAAAGGAGGAGGUGCACUGAAAUAACAUGCUAUCAAGCUAAAUGGAGCAGGGUGGGGGAGCAGGGCAGGGGAGCCUGCAGUAUUCAUGAAGAGGUGUGGAUACCUUGAACAGCGAGGAGCUGCUCCUCGGUCGUCCAGCGAGAGUUGAGCUUCAGAUUGGACUGUGGAGACGGAGAAUGAGAGAAUUACAACACUAGUACAUCUAAAAAUAAACUACACUUGUACAGGUCAAUACUUCAGCUCAAAACAGAGAGAAUCUCCCAUUUCUCAAGCGUCUUUCAUUCACACGGACAUCCCAAAAUGCUCAACAGCCAAUGAAGGACUUUUUGAAAUGUAGUCACUGUUGUAAUGUAGGAAAACAAUUUGCAUGCAGCAAGGGCUCAGAAAGAGAGGUAAUGGAAGAACCAGAUCAUCUGUUUCUAGUGAAGUUCCUCGAAGGAUAACAAUUAUUCCAAGGGGCACUGCGGAGAACUACCCCCUGCUCAGUGGCUAUGGAAAUUUUUAAACAUGAACCCGACAGCACAGAUGGGGCCACAGUUUAACAGCUCAUCCAAAGGAUGUUACCUCAAGUGCAGCACUCCCACAGCACUGAC